AUGUCCAGAAGCUAUCUGUCAUUGGAUGAAUACUAUGAAAUUCAAUGCAAUGAGUUGGAAGCGAUAAAAUCGAUAUAUAUGGAUGACUUUGAAGAUCGCACCAGGAAGAAAUCAAAAUGGGACAAGCAACCUCAAAUACAGUUUGAUAUUAGUCUCCGAUCUAUGGAUAAAGAUCCUGAAGAGUUAUCACUCGUAGUCCAUUUUGCCAUGACACCAAUGUAUCCACAUACUGCACCAGAAAUAUCCUUCGGUGAACGAUCAAAUGUCACAGAUACCCAGAUUAAGGUACUAGAAAACAGGCUGAAGGAGAUAUUUAAAGAAUUGAAAGGUCAAGAAAUGGUCUUUGAGAUAACAUCGUAUAUACAAGAGAAAUUAGAUGAAUUCCAAAACAAUGUCACUACAUCAUCUUUAGAAGAUGAGCGUUUACAAAGGAUAAAAGAGGAAGAAGAGAAGAUGAUAAGAGAAGAAGAAGAAAGAAAACGCCGGAUAGAGGAAAAGAAAAUCAAUGAACAAAAACGUAUCGAUGAAAUUGUGCAGAAAGAGUUAGCUAAGAGACAAGACGAUGAGGAUGACGAGAAAAUAUUCCAACAUAAAAGCCAGGUAAAUCUCAUGCCGCCCCAGGACUGGAUAUCAUCAGGUGAGGCUAUAUUAUUCCCUAAGGUAAUGAAGGCAAAACUACCAAAUAAUACACAAUUCAAAUUUUGUGCUGUUGUAGCUCCAAAGCAGAUUUUUCUGCAAAAUGACAUUUUAUCGUUUGCCAAUCAGUAUCUAGUGAAACCAUACGUACCGUCUGAUUCUCCAUUAGCUGAUGUUUUAAUGUCAUCAGAAAUGAUGCAAAACUUCUAUUUUUUGUUAACCGAAAUUCACUUGAAAAAUCCAUAUUUCAAUACAAGUAAUGGUAAAAAAGAGAUAGCAAAUUUAGAGAAAGAGCUUGAAUCACUUUUGAAAGUGCAGCAUGAUAACGUCUUGAGAGUAUUUUCAUUUACAGUUGAAAGGAUGGGGAAAAACCAUUCGAGUUUUUUUUGGAAGAUAAGGAUAUUGACAGAAUAUUCCCCUGCAUAUUCAGUUGGCGAGAUUGUUCAAUCUGUCAACUUUGUGAACUUAGCAACUGCUAGAGUUUGGAUAAUUCGACUGCUGGAAGGUCUAGAAUCCUUACACAAGGCUGGUAUACCUCACAGAUGCAUAUCUUUAGAGACCGUAUUGUUACUGAAAGAUACCGACUUGGGUAAUACAGUACCAAAACUUACCCAUCCUUCAUAUGCUUACAUCAUAAUUAAUAUGCUAUCAAGAUAUCCUAAUAAAGAUGAUAACAAUAUAGAAUUACCUGAAUUUGCUUGGCCAGCACCUGAGCUAAGUAAAAAUCCAUCUAUGAAGCCGACGAGGAUGACGGACAUUUGGCAAAUGGGUGUCAUUUUUCUUCAGAUGAUUAAUGGUAUCGAAUCUGUAGUGGACUUUUCUACGCCGUCUGACUUUCUUGAAGCAUACGCCAUGGAUGAGAGCUUACACGAUGUUCUAUCAAAAAUGCUUAAUAAUGAUCCCAAGAAAAGAUUGGGCACACUGGAACUCCUUCCUAUGAAAUUUUUCAGAACCAACAUUGAUUCCUCAGCUAACAAAUUGUUCAUUCACACAGAAAAAUCAUUCCAAAACUUUCAAAAUAUGGGCUCAUCAUAUGAGACUAAAGAUAGAACACUUUCAAGUAGUAGUAUGAGAAGAAGAUCUUUCAAUGUUGGAUCAAGAUUUUCUUCUGUCAAUCCAUCUACUAAGUCUAGAUAUGCCACCGAUUUUGAAGAAAUUGCUGUUCUUGGUAAAGGUGCCUUUGGUCAAGUUGUUAAAGCCAGAAAUGCGCUUGAUAGUAGAUAUUAUGCCAUUAAGAAAAUUAGACACUCUGAAGAAAAAUUAUCGAGCAUCCUUAGUGAAGUAAUGUUGCUUGCUAGUUUAAAUCAUCAGUAUGUUGUACGUUACUAUGCUGCCUGGCUGGAGGAAGAUAUUGUCGAUAACGACGUUUUUGAAUCAAGUGAUGAUGAGUCUUAUUCAGAUGAAAGUUCCGAAAUAUCCAAGGAUGACCUAUUGUUAUCUAGCGGUUUUACCAGCAGAUUGUCCACAAAAGAUUUGGACGAGAGUAAUUUUGAUUUCAUUUCUAAUUCUGGCUAUCCCGAUAUAGUUUUUGAAAAUAGUGGUGAUGAUAACUCUAAAAAUGAAUCAGAUGAAUCGAAUGAAUCAGACGAAACGGAUUCUGAUUUUUCGGAUGCUGAAAGUGCUAGCAAUGGCAUUGAAUUUGUUAGAGAAGAUUCCAUGAAGAAAACUAAGAAGCGGAGUACUCUCUUUAUUCAAAUGGAAUACUGUGAAAAUCGCACCUUAUAUGAUUUAAUACAUAAUGAAGGUCUCAAUAAAGAGAGAGAUGAAUAUUGGAGACUAUUCAGACAAAUACUAGAGGCCUUAAGUUACAUACAUUCCCAAGGUAUCAUUCACAGAGAUCUUAAACCUAUGAACAUUUUCAUUGACGAAUCUCGUAAUGUUAAGAUUGGUGACUUUGGGCUGGCAAAGAAUGUACAUAAAUCAUUGGAUGCCUUGAAAUUGGACUCUCAGAUGUCUACAGGAAGUGUAGAUGAUUUGACUUCAGCAAUCGGCACUGCACUAUAUGUUGCAACGGAAGUACUAACCGGAAAAGGAAACUAUAAUGAAAAAAUAGAUAUGUACUCCUUGGGUAUCAUCUUUUUUGAAAUGAUAUAUCCAUUUAGUACAGGUAUGGAAAGAGUCAAUAUUUUAAAGGAUUUAAGAUCAUCUAAUGUAAAGUUUCCAAAUGAUUUCGAUAACAAUAGAAUGAAAACAGAAAAGAAAAUCAUAACCUUGCUAGUCGAUCAUGACCCACAAAAAAGGCCUGGGGCAAAAACUCUUUUGAACAGUGGAUGGCUACCAGCAAAACAUGCUGAUGAAGUAAUCAAAGAAGCCUUAAAAAGUCUAUCUAACCCUUCUUCUCCUUGGCAACAGCAAGUGAGAGAAACACUAUUUGACCAGCCAUACAGUUUAACAAAUGACAUACUAUAUGAUAAUAACAAGCAAGUUACUACAAAGUUUGCUCAAAUUUUACGUGCUAGAAUGACGGAAGAAGUAGUCAAAAUAUUUAGAAAACAUGGUGGUGUUGAGAAUAAUGGUCCUCCACGAAUAUUCCCUAAAGCGCCAAUAUAUGGAACUCAAAAUGUGUAUGAGGUUUUAGAUCUGGGCGGUACAGUUUUGCAACUUCAAUAUGAUUUAACAUAUCCCAUGGCUCGAUACCUUUCGAAAACAACCAGUACAAUAAACAAACAAUAUCGGAUGCAAUAUGUCUAUCGUCCACCUGAAAAUUCAAAAUCAAGUUUAGAGCCCAGAAGAUUUGGUGAAAUUGAUUUCGACAUUAUUUCUACUUCUUCAUCUGAGUCAUCGUUCUAUGAUGCCGAAAGCAUAAAAAUCAUAGAUGAAAUAUUGACUGUGUUCCCAGUGUAUGAAAAGACUAACACUUUAUUUGUAGUUAAUCACGCUGACAUAUUGGAUAAUGUAUUUAACUUCCUAAACAUCGAUAAAGCGCAAAGGCCAGUUGUUUCACGACUACUCUCUCAGAUAGGUUUUGCAAAGUCUUUCAGGGAGAUAAAAGCGGAACUGAAAUCUCAAUUGAAUAUUGCAUCAACUGCCUUGAAUGAUCUCGAAAUGUUUGAUUUUAAAUUGGAUUUCGAGGGCGCUAAGAAGAGGCUGCAAAAACUAAUGAUUGACAGUCCUUACUUGAGGAAAAUUGAGGAAUCUUUAAAUCAUAUUUCAAAAGUCUUAAACUAUCUGAAACCUUUGGAGGUUACAAGAAAUAUUGUUCUUUCCCCACUCUCAAACUACAAUAGUGCAUUUUACAAAGGUGGUAUAAUGUUUCAAUCAAUAUAUGAUGAUGGUUCAUCACGUAACCUGAUUGCUGCAGGGGGUAGAUACGAUAAUCUAAUAUCAUACUUUGCAAGACCAUCCGGUAGAAAAUCUAGCACUGCAUUUAGGGCAGUUGGAUUUAAUCUUGCCUGGGAAACAAUAUUUGGGAUAGCGCAAAGUUAUUUCAAACUAGCUUCCAAAAAUAGAACUAAAAAGAGGAAGGAAUUUCUAAAAGAUGUUAGUAUUGACUGGAAACCUAGUCGCUGUGAUGUCCUUGUAUCCAGCUUCUCGAACAGUAUUUUUGAUACAAUUGGAGUAAAUAUUCUAAACCAACUAUGGAAAAAUGGAAUCAAGGCCGACUUUUUGAGAAACUGUUAUACAGUCGAUGAUGUCGUAAGUGGCGCCCAGCAAGAUGGAGUUGACUGGAUUGUCUUAAUUAAGCAACAAUCCUACACUGUAAACAGUCAAAAAAGAAAGUACAAACCAUUAAAGGUGAAACAUCUGGGCAGUGAUAUUGAUGUUGAUGUAACAUUGGAAGAAUUUCUCGUCUUGUACAGGCAAGAGACGACCCGCAAGUUAGGAGUUGAAAAUCAAUUACUGGCUUCUGAGAAAUAUGAGGAAACCAAAAGAUGGGAUGAUGGUAGCAGUGCAGGAAGCAGUCAGGAGGAUGAUAAUGAUGAGCCUCUUAAUGGGAAUGCUAAUAGGAAGAUUACUUACGUUCCGAACAUGGCUACUCGUUCAAAGAAAGCCAGUAAAAGAGAAAAAUGGGUCUAUGAAGAUGGUGCGAGACAUGCAUCUCAGGCAAUCAUAAAUGAUUUAUCAAAUGCACCUAUAAUCGCAGUCGAUGCAUUAAGGGAUGAGGCGAUGGAUAUUAUUGCGAUCACCUCUCUUGCACAAAAAGAUGAAUGGCUACGGAAGGUUUUUGGAUCGGGCAAUAACUCUACUCCUAGAAGUUUUGCUACAAGUAUUUACAAUAAUUUAUCGAAGGAAGCAUCAAAGGGGCACAAAUGGGCUAUUCUAUACUGCCAUAAGAACAAUAAAUCCUGUGUUGUCGAUCUACAGAGAUAA